GGCGGAGGGCGUGGACGCCGGCCCUCCCCAGCCCGCGGCCCGCCCAGGUGAAUGAAAUCGUGAGGGGGGGCCCCCCCGGGCUACUCAGUUCCCGAUUCUGUCCCGGGACGCCAGCAGCUCGGGCUGCGCUGGCUGCAAAGGAUGGGCGAGCAGAGAGGAUGCACGGGGAGGCAGGCCCGAGGCCCCGGGCUGCAGCAGCUGCUCCUCCUGCUGCUGCUGCUAUUGCAGCCGUCGCCGGGCUGGGCCUCCGGGGCUGCCCGGCCGCCCCACGUGGUCUUCGUGCUGGCAGACGACCUGGGCUGGAACGACGUGGGUUUCCACGGCUCGGUCAUCCGCACGCCGCACCUCGAUGCGCUGGCGGCCUCCGGGGUGGUCCUGGACAACUACUACGUGCAGCCCCUGUGCACGCCCUCGCGGAGCCAGCUGCUCACCGGCCGCUAUCAGAUCCAUACGGGCUUACAGCAUCUCCUCAUCAGGACUUGUCAGCCCAGCUGUGUGCCCCUGGACGAGAAACUCCUGCCCCAGCUCUUAAAGGAAGCAGGCUAUGCUACGCAUAUGGUCGGGAAGUGGCACCUGGGGAUGUACCAGAAGGAAUGUCUGCCCACACGCCGAGGAUUCGAUACCUACUUUGGGUACCUCCUAGGCAGUGAAGACUACUACACCCACGAGGUCUGCGCGCUGAUCGAGCCUUUGAACGUUACCCGGUGUGCCCUCGAUUUCCGAGACGGUGAAGAACCCGCGAGAGAGUAUAAAAAUAUUUAUUCAACAAACAUAUUUAGCAAAAGGGCUACAACCCUCAUAGCUAACCACCCACCAGAGAAGCCGCUGUUCCUCUACCUGGCUCUCCAGUCUGUCCAUGAUCCCCUUCAGGUCCCCGAGGAAUACAUGAAGCCAUAUGACUUCAUCCAAGAUAAGCACAGACGGAUUUAUGCAGGGAUGGUGUCCCUCAUGGAUGAGGCAGUGGGAAACGUCACCACAGCCUUGAAAAGCCACGGGCUCUGGAACAACACGGUGUUCAUCUUCUCCACAGACAAUGGUGGGCAGACUCUGUCUGGGGGCAACAACUGGCCGCUUCGAGGACGGAAAUGGACCCUGUGGGAAGGAGGCAUCCGUGGAGUGAGCUUUGUGGCAAGCCCCUUGCUGAAACAAAAAGGUGUGAAGACCCGGGAGCUCAUCCAUAUCUCGGACUGGCUUCCAACGCUGGUGAACCUGGCCGGGGGAAGCACCAACGGUACCAAGCCUCUGGAUGGCUUCGACGUGUGGAGAACCAUCAGUGAAGGAAGCCCAUCCCCCAGAGUGGAGCUGCUGCAUAACAUUGAUCAGGACUUUUUCGACAGUUCACCGUGUCCUGGCAGGAGCAUGGCUGCCACAAAGAAUGACUCUUUGCCUUUAGAAUAUUCUGCCUUUAACACAUCUAUCCACGCUGGGAUCAGAUACAAGAACUGGAAACUCCUCACGGGCCACCCAGGCUGUGGUUACUGGUUCCCGCCUCCAUCUCAAUCCAACGUCUCUGAGAUACCUUCGCUGGACUCGUUGACCAAGACACUCUGGCUGUUUGACAUCAAUCAGGACCCUGAAGAAAAACAUGACCUGUCCCAGGAGCACCCCCACAUCGUCCUGAAGCUCCUUUCCCGCCUGCAGUACUACCACAAGCACUCUGUGCCUUCCUUCUUCCCACCCUUGGACCCGCGCUGUGAUCCCAAGGAUACCGGUGUGUGGAGCCCCUGGAUGUAGGGUCCCAGGGGAGGCUGGAGCACGUGUGUGCACGCUAGACCUUGGGCUCUACUCUUCUGGCUUCUUCCUUUUAAAAAAAAAAGCCCCAGCCCCUUCACCUGGCCCCCAGGCUAUAUAACCCACCAAAAGAGCCCAGUUUCAACCCACAGUACGUUUCAAAAGCCAGUGAAAUCCAGAUGGACAGAUCCUGCUGUUGGCUGGCGUUCGUGUCUGGAGGCCAGGGUGACUGGUUCCUAAACUGCCGACGCUGGGAACUGGACAUAGAAGGCUAUCCCUGAGUCCUGGAGGCCAGAGCAGCUGGCUCUUUUUGCCUCACACGUCAGUCAUUAGAACUCCCUCUGCUAAUAACCAGUUUUAUUGGCAAAACACACGUAACAAAGGCAGGGAGCAGAUGAUUUCCAGUGGUUCUGCUGGCUGUGAGGGCUCGCUGUCUGUGAGAUCUUGUUCAAGCUUUCCACAUCCAUGACCUGCCGGCUCACCCCUCACUCACUCACCUCACUGUGGAGAAUAAAGCCCAUGGCAGUAAAGCAGCCUGGAGGAAUGUCUGUGCCUUGGUUUUGGUUUGCACAACAACUAAACGUGCUUUUAUUCUAUCACCCUUACCUACUGUUGCUCGUUCUGUCUGGAUUCCUGCCACCCAGCUUGAGUGGCCCUACCCCUGUCAUGCCUUUAGAUGUCACUGUCCUGUCCCUGAGGUCACUUUCCCCUCCACUCCAAGCAUUGUGAGCUCUGGGAUAGUCCCGAGCCCUUCCCAGAGAAGGUGGACUGGUCAUUCUGUGGCCGUGCUCAGGAGAGUUGGGGGUCUGUAGCAUCUGCUAAGGAGGUUUAUUCUAGUUGUAUGGAAUCCAGCCAGAUUGUGGCUGGGUCUCCCAAUAUGCCAUGCAUGCGUUCUCAAGCAGUGGGAAGAAAGGCCAGGAAAGCGACUUUGUCCCGAAGUGAUGGGUGGGGCAGUUUGAGAAAGGGAGUGGCCAAAGUGUAGGCCUUAGUAAAGCAGAGGGGGCACCAUCCUUAUUCCUCUCAUUCCGUGUUUCACUGCCUCGUAUUGGGGUUCCGGGUGGAAGAAUGAGGAUACACUAGUUGACCUUCAACCCUUUCUCAGGCUCUUUUAUCCUCCCAAUGUGACUCCAUCCAGAUUAGCCUCAGAGAGUGUCAAGUCCAGAUAGAUGCCAAAACGGUGCUCCUCAUCAGCACCGCUGCCUUGUUCUCGGCUUACACCAAUGCCUGCUACAGGGUCUGGGACAUAAUAGGCACACAGUAGAUUUUUGAAAUGAAUGAAUUAACUGAAUAAACAGCAAAUACUCACCAUGAAUGCUAGUCCAGUGAGCUGACUAUAAGGGCAAUAUAACUGUCCUCCAGCCCUUGCUCAUCUGUCCUUCAGCUGUCCCCCCUCUGCCCUGGCGGGAGCACGAUCCACAUAUCGGGACAGUCACUGGCCCUGCAUGGCAGGGCUGUGAUGUCCUCUCCAGGGGGACAAAAGAGAAUUCUUUUUCCUAGGAAUUCUCCUUUGCCAGCAAUCUCAUUCCCAUUCCUCAUUGAGCAUUAGAAAUUAAAACCACCAAAUAGGAUACAGGUCCUUGUGUACAGCCAUCUCCCGUUCGGUAGCAGUAUUUCCUGGUCAUUGAUAUUCAGUAUUUUGUUAUGAUAAGACUAUUAUGAGAAAAUGGUGCUAAAGCUAAUGACAUUUUUGUACCAACCUUUACUCGACGCACAUGCUGGCCAUGGGGCCCCCUCUUACUCCAGAGUCCAUGGCAGAGAGUCUGAGUCUGAGUGACAGGAGUCUGGACGUCCCUCCCGUCCCACAGCUGGAGGUGGCCGUUAGGAUUCUGAGACUGAAGGUUACUACGACAUAACACCUAUUUGAAUUUUCCUGAUUAUUCUCUGAGCAGCUGCCGUCAAUCCUUUGACUGUGGGCUAUCCUUGGAAUGUUAACGUAUGACUGGAUUAAAGGAGACUUUCAGAAAGUAAUGUUUAGAAAAAUGACUGGAGAGUCCGUUUAAUAAAACAAAUAGAAUGGCAUAGGUCUCAGGAUCAACCUCCUUGGAUUUCGUGUAUUAUACAAAAAGGAAAGAUGAAUAAUGUAGCUUUAGAAAUAUUAAUAUUAGUUCUUCGCAAAUGUGUUUACCUCUAAAGAAGGAUUUGUUUAUUAACUUGUGAACUCAUCUCUCUUUGUUACCACAUGGACUGUUCCAGAUUUGAGGGACAAAAUAAAACUAAUCUUUCUAAAA